CACAUCACUGUCCGCUCGAGUCCUCAACACUGUCGGUGUAGUUUGUCCUCAAGUUCGGCCCAAAGUCCUUCGCUCUACAGAUGGGAGGAAAGUUUCGAGCCCGCCGUGAUAGGGUGGCAGCGUGGGAGGGACAGGCGGCGGAGGGAUUCCGGGUGCGCGCGCUACGGCGGUCGGCGCGGAGCUUGUGGCGCCAGAAUUCGGAGCGCGGAAGAGCCUGAACGGCUGUUGCCUGGUUUCGGGUGCGUCUCCCGCCGCGGAGUCCCGGACGAGGAAGGAGAGAAGAUGGUGGUCCUCCGCAGCAGCCUAGAGCUGCACAGCCACCCCGCCGCCUCGGCCACGGACUCUCUGGACCUGUCCAGCGAGUUUCUCAGCUUGAAGCAGAUCGGCCGGAGGCGGCUCCGCUCGGCCGGCGCCGCUGAGCAGUCCGCCGUCACCGUGGCCGCCGCGGGCGAUCGGUCUUCAGUUAAGGAAGUUGAAACCUACCACCAGACACAUGCUUUAAGGUCCUUGAGAAAAAAUGCACAGAAUUCUUCAGAUUCUAGUUUUGAUAAGAAUGUGGAAAUAACGGAGGAACAUCCUAAUGGCAGGCAUUUUACAAGGCAGUUGGCCAGACAGCAGGCUGAUAAAAAAAAAGAAGAGUGCAAAGAAGACAAAGUAAUUACAGUUACUCGGUCAUUGAGGACUAGAAACAUAGUUCAAAAGACAGAAUGCUUGCAUGAAGAGAAUGGUGAUGUUGAAGUUCGCCGAAGUUGCAGGAUUAGAAGUCGUUAUGGUAGCAUGAACCAGUCUGUACUAUUUGACAAACUUAUAACAAACACUGCUGAAGCUGUACUUCAAAAAAUGGAUGAUAUGAAGAAGAUGCGUAGACAGCGAAUGAGAGAACUUGAAGACUUGAGAGCGUUUAAUGAAACAGAAGAAGGGAAUCUUAAUAUGUACACAAGAGGAAAACGAAAACGUAUUCAAAGAACUGAUGAAGAAACAACUGACAAUCAAGAAGGCAGUGUGGAGUCAUCUGAAGAGGGUGAAGACCAAGAAGAUGAAGAUGAUGGUGAAGAUGAAGAUGAUGAUGAAGAAGACGAUGUUGUAGAAGAUGAUGAUGAAGAAGAUGAUGAUGAAGAAGAUGAUGAUGAAGAAGAUGUUGAUGAUGAAGAUGACGAUGAUGAAGAUGAUGAUGAUGAAGAUGAAGAGGAUGGAGAAGAAGACAAUCAGAAACGAUAUUAUCUUAGACAGAGAAAAGCUACCGUUUACUAUCAGGCUCCACUGGAAAAACCUCGUCAUCAGAGAAAGCCCAACAUAUUUUAUAGUGGCCCAGCUUCUCCCACAAGACCAAGAUAUCGAUUAUCUUCUGCGGGACCAAGAAGUCCUUAUUGUAAACGAAUGAACAGGCGAAGGCAUGCAAUCCACAGUAGUGACUCUACUUCAUCUUCCUCUUCUGAAGAUGAACAACAAUUUGAGAGACGAAGAAAAAGGAGCCGCAAUAGAGCUAUCAACAGGUGCCUCCCACUAAAUUUUCGGAAAGAUGAAUUAAAAGGAAUUUAUAAAGAUCGAAUGAAAAUUGGAGGAAGCCUUGCUGAUGUUGAUCCAAUGCAACUAGAUUCUUCUGUGCGAUUUGAUAGUGUUGGUGGCUUGUCUAAUCAUAUUGCAGCUCUAAAAGAGAUGGUGGUGUUUCCAUUACUUUAUCCAGAAGUCUUUGAAAAAUUCAAAAUUCAACCUCCAAGAGGUUGUUUGUUUUAUGGUCCACCUGGAACUGGAAAAACUUUGGUUGCUAGAGCACUUGCCAAUGAAUGCAGUCAAGGGGAUAAAAGAGUAGCAUUUUUCAUGAGGAAAGGUGCUGAUUGUCUGAGCAAGUGGGUAGGAGAAUCUGAAAGACAGCUGCGAUUGCUAUUUGAUCAGGCCUAUCAGAUGCGCCCAUCAAUUAUUUUCUUUGAUGAAAUCGAUGGUCUGGCUCCAGUUCGAUCAAGCAGGCAAGAUCAAAUUCACAGUUCAAUUGUUUCCACCCUGCUAGCUCUUAUGGAUGGAUUGGACAGCAGAGGAGAAAUUGUCAUCAUUGGCGCUACCAACAGACUGGAUUCUAUUGAUCCUGCUUUACGAAGGCCUGGUCGUUUUGACAGAGAAUUCCUUUUUAGCCUACCUGAUAAAGAUGCUCGAAAAGAAAUUCUAAAGAUUCACACGAGGGAUUGGAAUCCUAAACCACUGGACAUAUUUCUAGAAGAACUAGCGGAAAACUGUGUUGGAUACUGUGGUGCAGAUAUUAAGUCAAUAUGUUCUGAGGCUGCUUUGUGUGCUCUGCGUCGACGCUACCCACAGAUCUAUACCACCAGUGAGAAACUACAGUUGGAUCUCUCUUCAAUUAAUAUCUCAGCUAAGGACUUUGAGGUAGCUAUGCAAAAGAUGAUACCAGCCUCCCAAAGAGCUGUGACAUCACCUGGGCAGGCACUGUCCACCAUUGUGAAACCACUCCUGCAAAACACUGUUCACAAGAUCUUAGAAGCUCUGCAGAGAGUCUUUCCACAUGCAGAAAUCAGAACUAAAAAGGCAUUAGACUCAGAUAUUUCUUGUCCUCUUUUAGAAAGUGACUUGGCAUACAGUGAUGAUGAUGUUCCAUCAGUAUAUGAAAAUGGACUUUCUCAAAAAUCCUUUAAUAAGGCAAAAGAAAAUUUUAAUUUUCUUCAUUUGAAUAGAAACGCUUGUUAUCAACCUAUGUCUUUUCGACCAAGAAUAUUGAUAGUAGGAGAACCAGGAUUUGGGCAAGGUUCUCAUUUAGCACCAGCUGUCAUCCAUGCUUUGGAAAAAUUUACAGUAUACACAUUAGACAUUCCCGUUCUUUUUGGAGUCAGUGCUACAUCUCCUGAAGAAACAUGUGCCCAGAUGAUUCGUGAAGCUAAGAAAACAGCACCAAGUAUAGUGUAUGUUCCUCAUAUUCACUUGUGGUGGGAAAUAGUUGGACCAACACUUAAAGCCACAUUUACCACAUUAUUACAGAAUAUUCCUUCUUUUGCUCCAGUUUUACUACUUGCAACUUCUGACAAACCCCAUUCUACUCUACCAGAAGAGGUGCAAGAAUUAUUUAUCCAUGAUUAUGGAGAAAUUUUUAAUGUCCAGUUGCCCAGUAAAGAAGAACGGACACAAUUUUUUGAAGAUUUAAUUCUAAAGCAAGCUGCUAAGCCUCCUAUAUCAAAAAAGAAAGCAGUUUUGCAGGCCUUGGAGGUACUCCCUGUAGCACCACCACCUGAACCAAGACCAUUGACAGCAGAAGAAGUGAAACGACUAGAAGAACAAGAAGAAGAUACAUUUAGAGAACUAAGGAUUUUUUUAAGAAAUGUUACACAUAGGCUUGCUAUUGACAAGCGAUUCAGAAUAUUUACUAAACCUGUUGACCCUGAUGAGGUUCCUGAUUAUGUCACUGUAAUAAAGCAACCAAUGGACCUUUCAUCUGUAAUCAGUAAAAUUGAUCUCCACAAGUAUCUGACUGUGAAAGACUAUUUGAGUGAUAUCGAUCUAAUCUGUAGUAAUGCUUUAGAAUACAAUCCAGAUAGAGAUCCUGGAGAUCGUCUUAUUAGACAUAGAGCCUGUGCUUUAAGAGAUACUGCCUAUGCAAUAAUUAAAGAAGAACUUGAUGAAGACUUUGAGCAGCUUUGUGAAGAAAUUCAGGAAUCUAGGAAGAAGAGAGGUUGUAGCUCUUCCAAAUAUGCCCCAUCUUACUACCAUGUAAUGCCAAAGCAAAAUUCCACUCCUGCUGGUGAUAGAAGACCAGAUCCAGAGAAAAAUGAAAAGCUGAAGACCCCCAGUACUCCUAUGGCUUGCAGCACUCCUGCUCAGUUGAAGAGAAAAAUCCGCAAAAAGUCGAAGUGGUACUUAGGCACCAUAACAAAACGAAGGAGGAUUUCACAGGCAAAAGAUGAUGGCCAAAAUGUCGUAGAUGACAAAAUUGAGAGUGAUACAGAGGAAAAUCAAGACACAAGUGUAGACCACAAUGAGGCUGGAAACACAGGGGAGUCUUCAAUGGAGGAAAAUGAAAAGCAGCAAAAUGCCUCUGAAAGCAAAAUAGAAUUGGGAAAUAAUAAUUCAAGUACUUGUUUUGAAAAUCAACUUGAAGAAUCUGGAAAGACUAUAGCAUGUACAGAAUUGAGGAAAGAUAAAAUCAUUUGCAAUGGAGAUGCUUCUGGCUCUCAGAUAACAGAUAUUUCUGAUGAAAAUGAAGCAAAAGAAAUGUGUGUUCUGCGAAUGACUCGAGCUAGACGUUCCCAAGUAGAGCAACAGCAGCUCAUCAGUGUUGAAAAGGCUUUGGCAAUUCUUUCUCAGCCUACACCCUCACUUGUUGUGGACCAUGAGCGAUUAAAAAAUCUUUUGAAGACUGUUGUUAGAAAAAGUCAAGAAUACAAUAUUUUUCACUUGGAAAAUUUGUAUGCUGUAAUCAGCCAGUGUAUUUAUCAGCAUCGCAGGGAUUAUGACAAAACAACACUUAUUCAGAAAAUGGAGCAAGAGAUAGAAAACUUCAGUUGUUCCAGAUCAUGAUGUCAUGGUACCAAAUAUUCUUUAUAUUACGUUCCUAUUUAAUUCACCUUUGUCAUGUUGACAUAACUGAUGCAAGAUGAAAUCCUGCAUCUUUAAGGAAAAGAUUAAAGUAGUAAAUAAAAAUAUUUAAACUUUUCCGAUAUUUAUAUACAUGUGUAAGAUAAAUUACAGAGAUAACUGAUAAAUAUUGGAAUUUUCAUUGAGUCACUGUAGUAUAGUAUUCCUGUGGUUAUCAGUAGUUAGAGUGUGGCCAACUCUUAAUAAAGUUAUUUUGAUAACUAAUGUUUAUGGCACUUAAGAGUAAUUAGUGACAUUGACAUUCUUUUGUUUUAAGCACUUUUAAUUUUAUCCUUCCUAAAAAUAGUUUAUUGUGUCAGACUAGAAACUUACUUAACCAUCGGCCUCUUUGCCAUCCUUUGUCAUCUUUGCUUUCUUCAAUGCCUAUCUCCCAUCUGCCUUUAGCAUCCCCACCUGUUCACCUAAAAGCUAGUGUUCGAGUAGUGAUUUGCAGGAGGGCCCUUGAACAACUUCUAGCUGCACCACAAUUCUGUACUUGAAGGUCAAAAUUAAUGCUUUUUAGAUAAACAUUUUUUAUAAUUCUCAUUUGGAUUAAUAAAAAUUUUAAAUAUUUUUUGGUUUACUUUUAUGAUUAUAUAUACAACAAAUGUAUUAAUGACUACUUUGUUAAACAUCUUUUUAAUAGCACGAAAUUUUUAUAUUUGAAAACUAUUUAUAUCCUUCUAAAUGUGUUUAGGUUGUAUUCUAUAGAUACCUUUUAUAUACAAUUAUGUAAAUAUUAUAAAUUUUGUAUUAAUGAUACCAAAAAUACAUUUCUUUCUUAAAGCAAUAAAAACAUUCACUGCCAUGCAUAUUCACUCCCUUCCCUGCCCCCACCAUGUUUUUUCUUUUUAGGAGACAUUCUACUAUUAGUUUGUGAAAUAGCUUCUGUUGGAAACUUCUUUUGAGGGGAAUAGUGGAUAAUGAUCUCAUAUGAGAGAUUCUGGAUUCUAAUACAGUUUCUGAGUUAAACUGCCUUUUGUUGUCAUUUUAUCUGGAUAUUGUAUUUAAAGCCUUC